AUGAAGGCAAUCGGUGUUGAGUAUUACGGCCCAGUCGACCGUCUUGAGGCUCGGGAGGUCUCAAAGCCGUCAGAUCUCCAACCCCGGGAUCUGCUCGUCCGGAUCAAAGGGGUCUCCGUGAACCCCGUGGACACAAAGGUACGGAACGGGACGUACGAUGAUUAUCCUGAUUACUAUGACCGUGUUCCUCGUCCACUCCAGAUCCCUGGAUACGAUGCAGCAGGCACUGUCGAGGCUACUGGGUCAGAAUGCUCAAUCUUCAAACUCGGAGAUGAGGUGUUCUACUCAGGAAGCCCAAUUCGUCAGGGGUCGAAUGCCGAGUACCAGUUGGUAGAUGAGAGGAGCGUUGGUCAUAAACCGAAGAGUCUUGACUUUGUCGAGUCAGCUGCCAUGCCCUUGACAUACAUCACGGCAUACGAGGCACUUGUUGAACGGCUAGAGAUUGAAAAGGGAGAACAAGCAGCACUACUCAUAAUUAACGGCGCUGGUGGAGUCGGUGCCAUGGCCACUCAAAUUGCACGCGUUGUACUUGGCCUUCCAGUGGUCAUUACCACAGCAUCCAGACCGGAGACGGUCCAGUUCACGAGAGACAUGGGUGCAACUCACGUUGUCAACCACCGAGAGGAUGUCUCUAGUCAGAUUGAGAAGCUGGGCAUCGAUUUACCACUGAAGUACAUUUUCAUCACACAUUCAACAGAUAACUAUAUGGACACAUGUGCUCGGGUUUGCGCACCGUUCGGCAAAGUCUGCUCCAUCGUUCAAGGGCAAGCUAAGAUGUAUGGAACGGCUUUCAUGUCCAAGUCAUUGACAUUUACCUGGUGCCUGCUUGGAACAAAGCCAUACCACCAGGUAGACAUCGAAUCGCAUCAUCGCAUUCUGGAAGAACUUGCAGCCUUGCUUGAUGCAGGCAAGAUCAAGUGUCAUCUGACGAAGCGACUGAGAUUGACACUCGAAGGUGUCAAGGAAGGACAUGAGAUUCUUCAAUCCGGCGGGAGCAUAGGCAAAGUGGGUUUAGGCUUGGAAGAGGCAGGAUCUAGGGAGAUUUUUACCUAG